CGCGAGUUGUGUAUGUGAGCGGAGUGGAGAGCCGGCUUUUUGACCUUUUCGCUCUGGUAUAUGGUGGGAUUUAUCUCCGAACGGCAGCCACAGUGGGUGGCCCGUUAUCGAUAAGCUCUGCAAACCGCUUCAGGGGCGCCACCGAUCACUACUAGAUGCAAGCAGCUGCCAUUGCUGCACAUCCUGCUCGGAACAUUAUUACCCACAGUAAGGGAGGGAAGCUCAACGUGGGAUCACCAUGGAUGCGUUUCUUACGAGGCUCACGCAGCAGGCGAUGAACUAUGCCAUUCGCUCUGGUAUCGCUAUCACGGCCAAAUACGCCAUCGUUCAGUCAUCUCGCUUACUCAAAAAUGUCGACGAUGGCGAAGAGAGAGAAGAGCUACUUACAUUGCAGCAUCGUCUGGAAAGCAAGAUACAGGUCAUUUCUCCUGCUAUUGAUAUGAUUGAACUCAUUGCCGCCAGAGGUAAUACAUCGCUGGAAUCCGCUGUUUUCCUUACGAAAUCUCUUCGAUGGGAUAUCCAAGCUCUUGGGCAGCGAUUAGCAAAGGCUGCGUCGUCCGAGGAGCUGUACUUGAAAGGGGCAAAUCCCAACCGAGAUCGCUCUCAGCACAAAGCAGAGAUUAAGCUCAUUAUCAAAGAUAUCAAAAAGCUUCUCGUUCGCAUCGAAGAUGCAGUGCCGCUUAUGAAUUUAGCCAUCACGACGUCGGGUGCCAAACUAUCAACCAAUCUCCCAUCGAGUGUAUCUCCGUCUCGAUUGCUGCAGGCAAGCACCUUUCUGACUGCUGGCGACACCCAAUACUCUAUGUAUCCAUCUCAAGCCGUCCAAAUCGGCCCUACAUUCACUCUAUCAAUGUACAUGCUUUUUGCCAGUCACCUUCGCCCGCAUGACGAGGAAGGCAUUCGCGAAGCAACAUGGAAGGAGGUUAUGCAUAAGGCACGUCUGAAGCUUCGGAGAGUGCCUAUGGACCUGGCCGCGCUUCCUCAGUCUCAGAAAGAGAACUUUCAGCUACCCGCCGAGGCAAGAAUGGACGAGUUCGCCUAUCAGGUGCUGAUCAUCGAAGAUCUGGAUGACGGGAGAGUCCAUACGUUCGACGAGAAUGAACCCCAACCUCACAAGUACGAAGGUAUCAACUCCGCAGGAAUACGUGAAAUUCUUCCUAUACACGAAAUCUCGAAGAUCUUCUAUGCAGACACGGGCAAGAUCUUGAACAUCAACACCGACGGAGAAACCAACAACCCGGUUCUCCUCCUGAAAAGAGAUAUCAAUGCUAUACCUCCCCGACGAAUGGUUGAGCGAGAUGAAGCAGAGUCUGGAUUCGCUCCUGAGGGUUCUCAGGACGAUGAAGAGGUAGAUGAAAUCCAGGCCCAGCUCGAUGCUCAACUGAAUGAGGCAAACGCCCUUCCCACGCAUGCUAGCUUCCACAAGAGCUCUAUACCCGAGGAGUGGCGGUUACCAAAAGAUCUGGACCCCGAGUGGAUUGCGUUCGAAGUAUACAAUGAAGAAGACUCGUCGGAUUCCGAAUCGGAAGCAGAUGACCACAAUCCACCGUCUGACGAGGGAUCCAUUGACCCUGAAAUGAUGGCCAAGCUUUCCCUUCACUCCGACAAUUCAGCCACUCCCACGCCGUCUAGACGACAUCGGGGCACCUCUCACUUCUCUUCACAACGCACAUCUACAACCACUGUUGCAAACCCCCAUUUCAGCAACAUCCGUACCUCUCUUUCACUCCUGGAGACACUACUCCGUCUUACCUCCCUGCAACAGUUCCAGCAACAAUCCCACUUAUCAAUCAGCGACGAGCUCCUGAACUUCUUCUUAGAAGAAUCAUCGACCACCGGCGCCGGUGGUGACGAACAACACCGUCAACGACUACGCGCCGACGCGAGGCGCAGGGUCGGAUGGGACCCCUACGACGAAAGCCCAGUCAAACGAAGAGGCGAAGACUAUCAAUACGCCUGGGCACCAGAAGGCACCCCUCUCCGAUUCUCACGUGAGACAAGCGAGGUCCCGUACUCGCCCAGUGAUAGGGCCCGAGGAUAUCAUCUCCGCUCCCGAGAGAAUACCCCAGAGACGACACCCUUGCGGUACGGGCGCUCAACCUCCGUACAAUCCGACCUGAAGCGUCAUGGCGGUGGGCGCGGAGCAUCAUCCCUUGCCAACGAGAGAUCAAGAGGGGGGUCUCCUCUUUCUCGAAAGUCCACCCCAGGACCCGUCAACGGAGCCGGUUCUGACCCCGAGGGUCCCUCGGAAGAUCAUGUCGAAGCUUAAACGCCGAUAUCCAUCAUGCACAAGCACAUGACGAACGUUACGACCACGAUACUGACGCACUUAAGUUUGUACAUGGGAAAUGACACUACACUGUGUGAAAUAGACCUUGCAUAUCAAUAAAU